AUGCAGAGAGAAAUUGUUUAUGCAAGAGGAGAUGGUUCUGGUACCUCUCGACCUGGAUCUACAGCUCAUCCCCCCUAUGCAAUUCCAAAUUCUCCUCCGUCCACUCCUGUGCCCCACUCCAUGCCUCCUUCCCCAUCCAGAAUCCCUUAUGGGGGCACCCGCCCAGUGGUUGUUCCUGGCAAUGCCACCAUCCCCAGGGACAGACUCUCCAGCCUGCCUGUCUCCAGAUCCAUCUCACCGAGCCCGAGCGCCAUUUUGGAAAGAAGAGAUGUAAAGCCGGAUGAAGACAUGAGCGGCAAAAAUGUUGCAGUGUAUAGAAAUGAAGGCUUCUAUGGCGACCCCUACAUUUAUCAUGAGGGACGGAUGAGCAUCGCCUCUUCCCAUGGCGGACACCCUCUGGAUGUCCCCGACCACAUCAUCGCAUAUCACCACCGCACGGCAAUCCGGUCAGCUAGUGCUUAUUGUAACCCCUCUUUGCCAACAGAAAUGCAUAUGGAACAGUCACUGUAUAGACAGAAAUCGAGGAAAUAUCUGGAGAGCCACUUGCCUACUCUGGGCUCCAAAACACCGCCCGCCUCUCCUCACAGAGUCAGUGAUUUGAGGAUGAUCGACAUGCACCCGCAUCAUAAUGCCCAUGGGCCUCCUCACACCCUGCAGCCAGAGCGGGCGUCCCCAAGCCGCCAGUCCUUUAAGAAGGAGCCAGGCACCUUGGUGUAUAUAGAAAAGCCACGGAACACUCCAGGAUUAUCCAGCAUGGUGGACCUUGGCCCUCCGCUAAUCGAGAAGCAAGUUUUUGCAUACAGCACUGCUACCAUACCCAAAGAUCGAGAGACCAGAGAAAGGAUGCAAGCCAUGGAGAAACAAAUUGCCAGUUUAACUGGUCUUGUUCAGUCUGCGCUUUUUAAAGGGCCAAUUACAAGUAAUAGCAAAGAUGCUUCUAGAGAGAAAACGAUGAAAACUACAGCCAGUAAGACCCACACGGAUAGUACAGGAACGCCCCAUGUUUCUGGUGGGAAGAUGCUCACCACCCUCGAAUCCACGGUGUCACCCAGCCAGCCCCUGCCCGCGGGCUCCUCGGCUGUCCACAUGAGCCUGCUCAACAUGAGGCGAAACGUGGCAGAACUCAGGCUCCAGCUCCAGCAGAUGCGGCAGCUCCAGCUGCAGAACCAGGAGCUGCUGAGGGCAAUGAUGAAGAAGGCUGAGUUGGAAAUCAGCAGCAAAGUGAUGGAAACGAUGAGGAGGCUGGAGGACCCUGUGCAGAGGCAGCGCAUCCUGGUGGAGCAAGAGAGACAGAAGUACCUUCACGAAGAGGAGACGAUAGUCAAGAAGCUGUGUGAGUUAGAGGACUUUGUGGAAGACUUGAAGAAAGACUCUGCAUCUGCUGGCCGAGUGGUCACACUCAAAGACGUGGAAGAUGGGGCAUUCCUCCUGCGACAAGUGGGAGAAGCUGUAGCUACCCUGAAAGGAGAAUUUCCCACCUUACAGAACAAGAUGCGUGCCAUCCUCCGCAUUGAGGUGGAAGCCGUUCGGUUCCUGAAGGAGGAACCACAUAAACUGGACAGUCUCCUGAAGAGAGUGAGGAGCAUGACCGAUGUCCUGACCAUGCUGCGGAGACAUGUCACCGAUGGCCUCUUAAAAGGCUCAGAUGCAGCCCAAGCUGCACAGUACGUGGCGAUGGAAAAGGCCACUGCCGCGGAAGUCCUGAGGAGCCAGGAGGAGGGCCCCCAUGCUGCAGGCCAGUCCCUCCCCAGCACAGGAGUCCCCGGCGAUAUGAAGUCAGAGGUGGUGACAGUGCACCAUGCACAGAGCUCGCCUGUGGCCAUCCAGACCUCUCAACACACCUCGUCCCUGCUCAGCCAUGCCCAGACCUUGCCUCACCCGGCCAGUCCUCCAGCUGUCUCGCAGGAAGUGGCCUCUGCUCUGCAGCCAGCCCCCCAGUCCCCACAGACUCCCAUGAAUGGCUCCACCAUGCAGAGCUUGUUCAUUGAGGAGAUCCACAGUGUGAGUGCCAAGAACAGGGCCGUGUCUAUUGAGAAAGCAGAAAAGAAAUGGGAAGAGAAAAGGCAAAAUCUGGACCACUACAACGGGAAGGAGUUUGAGAAACUCCUAGAAGAGGCUCAGGCCAAUAUCAUGAAGUCCAUUCCAAACCUGGAGAUGCCGCCAUCUUCAAGUUCAUUGCCAAAGGGAGAAACUCCAGUGGACAAGUUAGAACUUUCAGAAGACUCUCCGACUUCAGAACAGGACUUGGAAAAGCUGGUGGGGAAGUCCCCGCCUCCUCCACCCCCACCCCCACGGCGGAGUUACCUGCCAGGAUCCGGGCUGACCACCACGAGAUCGGGCGAUGUGGUCUACACCAGCAAGAAGGAGCACUCCACUGCUAAGGUGAGCAGUGAAGAUUUUGGACCAACCCCCCAUGCCAGAGUCACAAAGUGUCCAACAGAGGAGCCUGCUUCUGCCUGGACCCAAGCCCCGCCACCAGUCCCUACCUCCUCAAAGGAUGAGGAGGAGGAGGAGGAGGAAGAAGAAGGAGACAAAAUAAUGGCAGAACUACAGGCAUUCCAGAAGUGUUCCUUUAUGGAUGUAAAUUCAAACAGUCAUGCAGAGCAGUUGCGGACUGACAGUCACAUUAAAGACACUAGGCCCGGGGCCACAGUCCCUCCCAAGGACAAGAAGAAUUUGGAAUUUUUCCAUGAAGACGUACGGAAAUCUGAUGUUGAAUAUGAAAAUGGCUCUCAAGUGGAAUCCCGAAAGGUUACUGCAGGGACACUGAGACUUAGCGACCAUCCUAAGGACAAGUGGGAAAGAGGAAUGGAGAACAGUAUCUCUGAUGCCUCAAGAACAUCAGAGUAUAAAGCUGGCAUUGUAAUCAAGGAAAAUUCUGUAUCCAGUAAGAGUUUGCUUAGAGACAGUAGAGACUAUUCCCAGAAAAAUGUACCUGAAGUCGAUUCCAAUGUCUCUGGCUUUAGUUCCUUAGAGGAUGAGUUAAGCAAAGGGCCUCAAGUCCCAGAAUUGCAGAGCCUUACACCUGGCACUGAGAGUCAGAAAACGAGCUAUGGAAAGAUAAAGAUGAAUCAACCAGAAAACACACAGAGGUGUCACCUUCCCUCUCUCACUAGAUCCACUGAAUUGAGUAUCCGCGAUGUCAAAACACAAGAUCAAGAAGAUUCCAUGACAGAUUUUGGCCAAGUCAUUCUAAGACCCAAGAGUGGUAGGCAAGCCAACCUGAACCCUCACGAGGAGGGAGAAUCAGCAUCAAGUUCUCCCACAGAAGAGAAUGCAGCCAGUGACAACAUAGCCUUUAUGAUUACCAAAAAUGCUGUCCAGGUUCUGUCCAGUGGGGAGGUCCGUGAGAUAGUGAGCAAACAGGGAGAAGACAUACAGACAGUUAAUAUUGAUGCUAAAAAAGAGCUGACCUCCCCACAUGAAGGGAUUGAAAAUGAGGAGCCAGUCGUGUGUCUAGACAAGAAACCUGUUAUCAUCAUUUUUGAUGAGCCCAUGGACAUCCGGUCUGCCUAUAAGAGACUCUCCACCAUAUUUGAGGAAUGUGAUGAGGAAUUAGAGAGAAUGAUGACCGAGGAAAAGAUAGAAGAGGAGGAAGAGGAUGAAAAUGGAGACCCUGUAGCACAGAGUAACCCUUCCCAAAUGUUCACUAAGAAGGCUGUCUCACCUGGUCUUAGAUCAGAGCAGCAGAUGGAGAGUAAAUUACAGCCACACUCCCUGCUGGCAGAAACCAAAAGACCAGAACAGGAAAUUACUAAAACACAACUGAGUAAGCUCAGCCAAGCAGAGUCUCCAGAUUCAGAGAGCAAGAAUGACAUGACGGAUGACCAGUUUGAGAGUCCCAAGAAAAAGUUCAAAUUCAAAUUCCCUAAAAAGCAACUGGCUGCUCUCACUCAAGCCAUCCGCACAGGAACCAAAACAGGAAAGAAGACGUUGCAGGUGGUGGUCUAUGAAGAGGAAGAAGAAGACGGUACCUUGAAACAACACAAAGAAGCCAAGCGCUUUGAAAUCAGCAGGUCUCAACCGGAGGAUGCCUCCAAAACUAUGACGAGGAAACAAGAACAACCCAGUCUAGAAAACACAUGGCAGGCUUCAAGAACUGAUGAAAUUAGGAAAAACACCUACAAAACAUUGGACAGUCUGGAGCAGACCAUUAAACAGCUGGAAAAUACCAUCAGCGAAAUGAGUCCCAAAGCCCUAGUUGAUACCUCGUGUUCUUCCAACAGAGAUUCUGUUGCAAGCUCAUCACACAUAGCUCGAGAAGCCUCUCCCCGAUCCUUGCUAGCUCUGGAUGAAGCUCCCACUGCCCUAGAAUCCCCCACGUCAGUACCUUCAGCUCCACAAAAGGGCUCCAGUGGGCCCCCUCAGACGAGCAGGAUGCCGGUGCCCAUGAGUUCCAAGAGCAAACCUGGGAGCGUGGACAAGCUCAGCAAGCCAUCCAAACUGCAGGAUCCCCGCCAAUAUCGUCAGGCUAAUGGAAGUGCUAAGAAAGCUGGUGGGGGCUGUAAGCCUACUUCCCCCUCCUUACCUGCUUCUAAGAUUCCAGCCCUUUCUCCCAGCUCUGGGAAAAGCAAUUCUGUGCCCUCUAGUAGCGGUGACAACUCUAACCUCCCUAAUGCAGCUGCUACUAAACCAGCGGUUACUUCUUCUAACCCUCUCAGCCCCCAAACAGGACGAGCUGCUCACUCCGCCUCCCUCAUCCCUUCUGUCUCUAAUGGCUCCUUAAAGUUUCAGAGCCCCCCUCAUCCAGGUAAAGGUCACUAUCUUUCCUUCUCACUGCAGACUCAAAAUGGCCGAGCAGCCCCUCCUUCUUCCUCCUCCUCCUCCCCUCCCUCCCCCGCCUCCCCCAACCAAGGUGCCAAGAGCCCCAGGACCAUCCACAUUCCCAGCCUCACCAGCUACAAAGCACAGAACGGAAGUUCAAGCAAAGCCACCCCCUCCACAGCAAAGGAAACCUCUUAA